AAGGUCUGUCUCUUGGAAUGGUUAACAGUAGCAGCCAGACCGAGAUAUUUGUCUUCAGUACCAAUGUGAGGAAUCUGUGGAAGAGAAGCCAACUUAUUCCUUUCUCUGCGAGGAGUGUUUUUACUAAAGAAAACCGCAGAUUUACUGAAGUUGAUUUGUUGACCACUAACAUCACAAUAAAUCUGUAGAACCUUUAGUUAAGAUAGCACCCCUUUUUAGUGUCGGGGCAGAAAAAGAGGGAAUCAUCGGGGAAAGAAAAGGGGGCUCAAAUUGGUGAAAAGUUUAUAUUAUAAGAGAAAUUAAUACAAGGUCAUAAGUGAAAAAGAGUGCAUGAAUUGGGGACUUUUGUAAUUCGCAACAUUUGUGCCAACAUCAAGAAAUACAGAGAGAAGACACGAACACAACAGCUUUAUCUCCUAUCUCAUGUAUUACAUUACUCUUCCGGUCUCUCUCCCUCCCCACACACAAGAGAAUAAGAAUCGGUGGCUCUCUACUUCCUUUAUAUGAAUUCAAACCCUAACAUUUCUUAUUUCCUUCACUAGAAAAUGAUGGCGGUUCGAGCCGUUAACACUUGUUCUAUCCUUCAUUUUUCUAAGGCGCCUCCGUUCUUUCUGGUCCGUUGUCGUUUUAAGACCUUGCGGUUUUGCCAGUACUCUAAUCUCUCGUCUCGGAGGCCGAUAAUUCGGUGCGAGUCACAGUUUCAGUUUCAUGGAACUAAUAUUAGGAGCUUUUCUGUUCAGAGUCUUGUUGAUAGCGUCAUGGAAGAGCUUGCUUCUCUUCGCAAAAGCAGACGCAAGAGAGUUUGCCCCGCUAUUAAAUUAACUGGCAGUGGAGAGCUUCUGGAUGAUAAGCUGGUAAACCGGCCACUUGAGAAAGGAUUGCUGCUGGAAUUCAAGAAGGAUACUGACAGGAUACUGCUGGCAGUAGCGCGGAGACCUGAUGGAAAGAAGAAUUGGAUGGUGUAUGAUCAGAAUGGUGUAACAUCCUCAAUUAAACCACAACAAGUUACAUAUAUUGUACCCGGUGUUGAAAAUUUUGACCACACAGAAAUCUCAAACUUUGUUCAGAAGGCUCAAGAUAACUUGGACCCAUCACUCUUAGAGUUUGCUUGGGUUGAGCUUCUUGAAACGAAUAAAUCAGUGACACCAGAGGAGUUAGCAGAGAUGAUUUUUGGUAGUGCGGAACCUCUUGAGAGCUAUUGUGCACAUCUGCUACUAUCAAAAGAUGAAAUGUAUUUCACGGUGUUAGAAACAAAAGGUUCUCGUUCGCUUUAUGGACCUCGGCCUACUUCACAGGUAGAAGAACUUAUGCACAGGAAGCUUGCAAAGGAUGCUGCUGAGAAAGAACUUCAGGAGUUUGUCCAACUACUAAAGUCUGCCAAGGCAAUGCCUUCGCAUGCUAAACCUUCCAAAUCUUCGUGGAUGAUUGAAGAGAAAACUCGACACAAAAUUGAGUCUCUUGAAGCAUAUGCUAUUGAUGCGUGCAAAAGUGAUGACCAAAAGAGAACUGCUGGGAUGAUCCUAAAGGCAAUGGGAAUGGCGAAAAUAGCAUCCUCUGCUCUAAACCUCCUUAUAGACGUUGGAUAUUUUCCGCUCCAUGUUAAUCUUGAUAUAUUGAAGUUAAACAUCCGUACUGAUCAUUCAGAUGAGAUUUUGUCAGCUGCCGAAAAUCUUCUGUUAGAGUCAGUUGACCCAGACAAGAUUCAUCGAAAAGAUCUCACUCACUUGAAGGUCUAUGCCAUUGAUGUUGAUGAGGCUGAUGAGCUUGACGAUGCCCUGAGUGCAACAAAGUUACAAGAUGGUCGGAUCAAAAUCUGGAUACAUGUUGCAGAUCCAGGUCGUUAUGUGCAACCUGGAAGCAAAAUAGACAGGGAGGCAAUGAAAAGAGGAACUUCUGUUUUCUUGCCUACGGCUACUUAUCCAAUGUUUCCAGAGAAACUUGCCAUGGACGGUAUGAGUUUGAAACAAGGAGAGGUCUGCAAUGCUGUUUCAGUAUCUGUUGUUUUACAUUCUGAUGGCUGCAUUGCAGAAUACUCUGUGGAUAACUCAAUCAUUAAACCAACCUAUAUGCUGACCUAUGAGAGUGCAUCUGAGCUGCUUCAUUUGAACCUUGAGGAGGAGGCUGAAUUGAGAAUUCUUUCUGAGGCUGCAUCUAACCGGUUGCAGUGGCGUUGCCAACAGGGUGCGGUCAACACAGCCACAUUGGAAACUCGCAUCAAGGUGGCUAAUCCAGAAGAUCCAGAGCCAUCUAUUAAUCUUUAUGUUGAAAACCAAGCUGAUCCUGCAAUGCGACUUGUCUCUGAGAUGAUGAUACUCUGUGGAGAAGUUGUAGCCACCUAUGGCUCUUGCAAUAACAUUCCUUUACCCUAUAGAGGACAGCCUCAAUCAAAUAUCGAUGUAUCUGCAUUUGCACAUCUUCCUGAAGGACCUGUUAGAAGCGCUGCAGUUGUUAAAAUAAUGCGUGCUGCUGAAUUUGAUUUUAGGAAACCUGUACGCCAUGGGAUUCUGGGGAUUCCUGGCUAUGUUCAGUUUACUUCUCCCAUUCGUAGAUAUAUGGAUCUUCUUGCUCAUUAUCAGGUCAAAGCAGUUCUCAGAGGUGAACCUCCUCCUUUUUCAGCUGGUCAGCUGGAGGGGAUGGCAUCAAUGAUUAAUAUGCAAGCUAGGGUAGUGAGGAGCCUCUGCAACAGCAAUCUUCGCUAUUGGAUAAUAGAAUUCCUGAAAAGGCAGCCAAAGGAGAGAAGAUAUCGUGCACUGAUUCUUAGAUUCAUUAAAGAUCGGAUAGCAGCCUUGCUACUCGUUGAGGUUGGGUUUCAAGCAUCUGCAUGGGUGUCCACGGGAGUACAUAUAGGAGAUGAAAUACAGGUUCAGGUAAAAGAAGCUCAUCCGCGUGAUGAUUUUGUUUCCCUCACUGAGGUUGUACAAGGAUAACAAAUUAUUCCUGUGAAAGAGCUUAUUACCACAGAGAACAAAUGCCAAACAACCCCCCAAAAUGUUCAAGGCAUCUGGUUAAUGUCUGAAUUCUAUUUAGCUUGCUGCUAUUUUUAGAUGACGGUUGGCAUUAAAAAUCAGUAUGCAACCUUUGGAGUCAUAAGGAGUGCAAAUUCUGAAACAAAUUAGUUUCAUUGGUCAAAGGAGAUUCUACAUGGAUGUGUGCUCACAAGCUGCGAUGUCUUUCCAUCAACUGCGAUGUCUUUCCAUCAACUGCCAUCUCUCUCUCCGCCCAGCCAAUAAUCUGACAGCCUGAAAUUGGUUCCGGGGUUUGUUGCUUUUGCUGCAGCUUAUUAUAAUAUCCGCAUUUUUUUGUUGUUUUUACUGAACUCUUGUAUGUUGAUUUUGCAUUGGAAGUUUCCAUGCGGAAUUACCAGGAAGUUGUGUAUUUCUCAAUAGUAAAUAUCACUACAGCUUACAAUUUUAUUCUAUCAUUAAUGGAACAAAUAAAAGUAAAAAUAGAAUUACAGGA